AGCGCCCUGACGAACGCGUGGAGACAGCCAAUCAGGUCGACUCCCUGCUACGUUAGCACAGCUCGGCCAAAACAACAGCCCGUCGCCCGUCGCAAUUUGUUUCCUGUUAGCGUUAGCAGCAUAGACACCGAUUAACUAAACACGUAAAAUGUUAAUCUAACCAAGGCGUUUAGUUUUCGUCGAUGGUAUCUUUGUUGUGGUGUUAGUGUGCCCCGAAGGCAAAGCUAAUCGGAGCUGUUGUCCGUUAGCUGCCAAGCUGCUAGCUAACCGUAGCUAACAUUGGCGAUCCAGCAGGGGAAAGAUGGGGUCCAUCCUGAGUCGCAGAAUCGCUGGUGUUGAGGAUAUCGAUAUCCAGGCCAACUCGGCCUAUCGUUUUCCACCCAAAUCUGGGAAUUAUUUUGCCAGCCACUUCUUCAUGGGAGGAGAAAAAUUCGACACACCGCAUCCAGAGGGAUACCUCUUUGGAGAAAACAUGGACCUGAAUUUUCUUGGAAAUAGGCCAGUGCAGUUUCCAUAUGUGACACCUGCCCCCCAUGAGCCAGUGAAAACCCUGAGGAGUCUGGUCAACAUCAGAAAGGACUCUUUGCGUUUGGUCAGGUAUAAAGAUGACUCUGACACACCGGUGGAGGAGGGUGGAAAACCAAAGGUUCAAUAUGGUGUGGAGUUCACCUUUGAUGCUGAUGCUCGGGUGGCCAUCACCCUCUACUGCCAGGCAUUUGAGGAGUUCUCCAAUGGAAUGGCAGUGUAUAGCCCAAAGGAUCCAUCAAUGGCCUCUGAAACUGUGCAUUACAAGCGAGGAGUGAGCCAACAGUUCUCCAUGCCAUCUUUCAAAAUAGAUUUCAGUGAGUGGAAAGAGGAAGAUCUGAACUUUGACCUUGAUCGAGGAGUGUUCCCCAUGGUUAUCCAGGCUGUGGUUGAUGAAGGAGAUGAUUGCCUUGGACAUGCUCAUGUACUUUUGGCAGCCUUUGAAAGACAUGUUGAUGGCAGUUUCUCAGUCAAGCCUUUGAAGCAGAAACAAAUUGUGGACCGUGUGAGCUACCUCUUACAGGAGAUCUAUGGGAUUGAGAACAAAAACAACCAAGAAACCAAGCCAUCAGAUGAUGAGAACAGUGACAACAGCAAUGAAUGUGUUGUCUGUCUGUCAGACCUGCGAGACACACUCAUCCUGCCCUGCAGACAUCUGUGUCUCUGCAACUCCUGUGCAGACACUCUUCGUUACCAGGCCAACAAUUGUCCAAUCUGCAGGCUGCCUUUCAGAGCCCUCCUGCAGAUCAGAGCUGUGAGGAAAAAGCCUGGAGCUCUUUCUCCUGUGUCCUUCAGCCCUGUUCUGGCUCAGACUAUGGACCAUGAUGAGCACUCAAGCACAGACUCGGUUCCUCCCGGCUUUGAGCCCAUCUCGCUGUUAGAGGCUCUGAACGGUCUGCGGUCGGUGUCUCCCGCCAUCCCGUCUGCCCCCCUGUACGAUGAAAUCAACUUCUCAGGGGGUCUGGGUGGUGACAGCAGACAGUUGAGCUCCCCAGAGCAUUUAAGUGAUGGGAGUCUGCAGAAAAGCAAAGUCAGCAAGUCACCUGACAGCACCCUUAGGUCUCCAUCCUCUCCCAUCCAGGAGGAGGAUGAGGAGAAACUGUCUGAGAUGUCUGACGCUCAGCCACACACACUGCUGUCCAGCAGCCCCGCCCCCACAGACGCCACAGCAACAGAGGAUGUGGCAGAGUCCCUGUCUCCAGAUGAUGAGGACAGGAUGCAUGCUGGAGGAGACAUCCUGCAGGACUGCAUCAGUGAACACAGCAGCUUGACCAAAACCGAGAGUGACCCCCCGGGUGACCUCUCUCUGCCCGCUCUAGGUCCUGAUUCCUGCUCUAUUGGUAUGGACGAAUAACUGUGGGUCAUCAGAGUCAACAGAAAGCCUGAAAAGUCAGAGCACAAACUGCUCCAGCCAGCCUCUCCUGUGUCCCACAAGCAGCCUUCACAUGGAAGAUGAGCAUCUCAACCCCUGACUCUGAUCCCUCUUUUCCCUCCCAUAACAUCAGAACAGAUUUACGCUUUACAAAUAUCAUCUGGUCCCUCUUUUCUUUUUACCCCCCAAGCCCUAUCUUCUGCUUCUGUGAUCAGAGUCAACAAAGGCCCUGGAAGGAGGUUCACGGGGAUGAGGGAGGGGGCUGUUAAUCCCAUCAAUGUCUCUGACAUUAGAAAAGAAAUUUGACCCAUGCAAAGAUGGUCUCACAAAGACUUUGACUGAUGUUUAAAAAAGAAAUUGUCUCCCUGGCUUUGAAAACAUUUCAUUAACUGUCAGAUGGUGUUCAGUUGUGUGUCUUGGCGAGAGUUGUGGUCUAGUAAAGUGGAUUCCAGAGAUAUUUCACUACCUGUCAUGGUGGUGCUUUUAAGCACACUUACUUUAAAUUAACUCUGUAUGGAUUGCUUGACACUAAAUUCAGAAGAAUUUCUAAAUACAGUUUAUUUGUUUGUUUAGAUAUCGUAUUCAUCAGUGAAAUAUGUAAAGGAUGAGUGAGGAAAAUCUGAGCCUUACUCUCCUGUGAAUUUGUGUGUAAAUGAUUGAUAGGAACAAAAAUCUUUGGAAUCAGUGCAGUAUUGAGAAAGAGCAACUGGGUAUUUGUUAGUGUCAAAGUAUCUCCACUAAAGUGCUUGUUUUUCCCACUGACAGGCUCAGUGUCUGCCAACAUUAUGGAUGGGAUUCCUACAAAGACACAUUUUUUUGUUGCAGUUAAGAUCCCUGUUUAAUCAGAAACUGACGUUUAUUCGCUAUGUUCAAUGCAACCAGACUCCUUUGACAAACACAGGAAGGAAUUCUACCUUGCAGAACAUGGAAGUUGCUCCGCUACUGCUGCCUCAAUCUGUGUGUUUGUUUUUUUCUGUUUUGUUUGUUUUGCAUUUUUUCUUAAGUAAAGGAUCUUAAAGCAUCUGAAAGUCACACAGUAACUCUCGCAACUCCUGUAUUUUGCAAGGUAAAAUAACUUUUUGUCAGUGGAGUCCGGUAGCAAUAUGUAGCAAUGUUUCUGGUUAAACAAAUGGAUCUUACUCUUUAAUAAAAAGAAGAAAUCCUAUUGAAAUCCUAUCCAUAAUAACACUUACAAUAACAACAUGAGCCUGUCAGUGGCAAAAACAAAAGCUUUAGCUAGAUGUACUUUGACAUGGACAAAUACCCAGCUUGAUUACAUUGCAGCACCAUUUCACAGAUUAUAUAUCGUUCUUGCUCAAUAGUGGAUUAAUUGCAAAGAUUUUUGUCCCUAUCAAUCAUUUACAUCUAAACACACAUGGAAAAUAAGGCUUAGGUUCAAAAAUCCAAGCAUUUUCCUUUAAUAACUCAAGAACUUGUUUUUCCAGUCAGGUUGAGCAUUUUGGGUUAUGAGCAGAAAUUUGAAAACAUAUUAAUGGUGUAAUUUGUGUGUCCAUUUGAAGUGAUUUUGCACUCAUUUAUAAUCCAUUCCUUGCAGCAAGAGUUAAUGAUGAGAUUAGUCUCAGUUGUCUGCAGUCUUACAUCUACUUGUCAGUUUUUUUAUUAUUUCAAAUGAUGUGAUAUCUAUGUAUCAUAACUAUACUAGAAUCCUGUGUAGUUACUUCCAAAAUUGUAUACUUGGAUAUUAUAUAUAGAAAAUCCUGAUAUUGAAGUAAUGUUAACAUGCACAUUAUUUAAGACUUUGAUAAUCAAUAAGAGCUACAAAUUCACAUCCUAACAGCUGAACUCAAAGAUAGUUUAAAGCCUGCAACAAGUAUAGAUGCUCCAGCUACAUGUAUGCUGACUCAGUAUGGCACAAUAAGCGUGCUUGUCGUAGAUGUGGCAGAUCUCUGUACAGUCUUUUUUUGUGGCAAUGCCGGUGUCUGCUUAUGUGACGUAGCCGCAAAAAAGAGGGUCAGGUGUUUGUGUGGCUGCAACGCCUUUACUUACCUUGGUCCUGUAUGUGUAGCGCCAUGCAUAUAGAUCUAUGUGCCUUGAAUUGAUAUGGCUGCCUGCUUGUUGCAUUGGACUUUAGUGUUCCUCUAAACGCUACAAUAUACAACAGUUUUCAGCCCAUAGACAGGAUUUUUGAUGCUGAUGUACAGAGCCUUUUUUUCUAUCGCAAACUUCAUGCUACUGGAAAAAUGUAUCAUGUUAUCGAGCAAUAUUAAAUUGAACUGUUCAUUUACUGUUAGGACCAUUUAUCAAUUAUGCAUUUAAUCUUAGUAUUUAGGUUCAAGUGAAUUCUCUUAAUGUAUGUUUGACUAGAAGGAAAACAUCCAAUGCAAUAGACGCAAACGUUGCAUUUUAAUAAUUGGGCUAGCAUUUGCAUGUGAAUUUGUAGACGCUUAAACCUCUCAUGGCUUUUAAGUAAUGUGGUUAUUUUGUCUUUCUCCCCUCUCUCUCUUCUGUGCCAUUUCAACUUGACACUGUGCCUUCCUGUUCUUGUUCUGACCACUAUUGACCUGGUAUCCAGGAUAACUCCACAGUAGGUGGUUUGUGGCUCUCUGUAAAAUCAAUACCUGUCUUUCCUCGUGUGUAUAGCAGCAUGUGUAUAACAAUAAAGAACAAAGACUCAGUACUUCUAUUACAA